AAGAAAAGAAGCCUAACAGCAACUGCUAGUGCCAAAAGGCAAGAUGGAGGGAGAGAGGUUUGAAAACAAUGUAGGAAUGAGUGAAGAGCUCAUACAGAAAGCUUGUUGUCUAGCCAUGAAAGCUCACAAAUCUACUGGGAAGCCUUAUCUCUCCGAGAAGAGUCACAGCCCGUCUGUGACCAUCUUUGGCUUUGCUGGAUCGUGGUCUAUGGAUGAUUGGUUCAGUCGAAAGCCUUUUAGAGACAUGAAAGUCAACCGGGAAUUUUCUCCAUCUCUCAGAAGCAUUGGCAACGAUGAAAUCGCGACGGUGAAUGAGGCAUUUUAUAAUAGAUUCGAAGAAAUUAAAGCAAAAUCAUCGCUGGAAGUUGAGUUCCUUUUCCCUGAUGCUGAAAUGAACGAAGUUCUGUUCAUUGAUCAGUAUAGCCAGUAA